CCCUCCCCCAUCCAGCACCCGCCUGUCUGCGUCAGUCAGAGGGGCCCCAGCCGAGGUUGGGGCAGACAUGGCGGCAGCUCUGGUGCUGGUCUGGACUUAUCUUCUCAUAGGACUCCUGUCUGAAUUUGGAGGUAUUGGUGCUCAACAGAUGCUGCACCCUCUCAUCGGCAGAGUCUUCAUUCAUAUGUUGGAGCCCACUAGUUUUCUGGAUUUGCCUGACAAGGAUCCCAGACCUCAUACUCUGGUUACCUUUCAUGCCCACCUACUGGGGCAUCCAGACUUGCCUCGAUGGCUCCGCUAUACCCAGCGAAGUCCCAGUCAUCCUGGUUUUCUCUAUGGGACCCCUACACUUGAAGACAGAGGCCAACAAAUCAUUGAGGUUAUAGCCUAUAAUAGAGAGAGCUUUGAGACAACCCGACAGAGAUUGGUACUGCUGAUAGGGGAGCCUGAAGGCCCCUCACUUCCAUAUGAGGCUGAGUUUCUGGUGCAAAGUCACGAUGUUGAAGAGGUGUUGCCCUCACCCAUUGGUCAACGCUUUUUGACUGCCCUGGGUGGACUCUGGGUGCCUGGAGAACUACAGUUACUCAACAUCACUUCUGCACUGGAUCGAGGGGGUCGUGUCCCUCUUCCCAUUGAAGGCCGGAAAGAGGGGGUUUACAUCCAAGUGGGUUCUUCUAGACCCUUCUCCACCUGCUUGAAGGUGGUAGGGUCCCCUGCCAGCCAUGAUCGCUGCACCCAGGGCCAGCCACCACUUCUGUCCUGCUAUGACAGCUUCGUACCCCACUUCAGAGUCGACUGGUGCAAUGUGUCCCUGGUGGAUAAAUCAGUUCCUGUACUACCUGGUCCAGUGCCCACAUGGGGCGAUGGCAUUUUGGAGCAUGAUCCCUACUUCUGCCCCCCAACAGAGGCACCUGAUCGAUACUUCCUGACGGACGCCCUGAUAACCCUCCUGGUACCCUUGCUGGUGGCCCUACUUCUUACCCUGAUUCUGGCUUACAUCAUGUGCUGCCGAAGGGAGGGCGUGUUGAAGAGAAACCUUGCUACCUCUGACAUACAGAUGGUUCAUCACAGCACCAUUCAUGGCAACACAGAAGAAUUGCGGCAGAUGGCAGCAAACCGUUCGGUGCCUCGGCCUCUGUCCACCUUGCCCAUGUUCAAUGUGCGCACAGGUGAGCGGCUGCCUCCCUGUGCUGACAUUGCUCAGGUGCCCCUCAUUCUGGAUCAGCACUGAGAGAGGACUUCUGAUCUGUCCAGGGAAUGGCCACAUCCCAUCUGAGGAAUCCAGCUGCUCUUGAGAUGAAUCACUUACAACAAAGGGCUAUGCAGGGAUAUGGGCUGCAGCCAGGGUGUGGGAAGUGGAAGGGGCCAGGAGGAAAUCACAGAAAGGGAGAAAAUAAAUUCACCCAUCUGCAGGUGA